GGGGAUCGAACCCGAAACCCAGGGAAGGUGGUUUCCGCAGACUCACUGGAAAGCCGUGGCUGCCUCGAGGUGGCCAGAGGAGAGGGCCCAGCCCCUGGGAGGGAGCUGUCAUAAACGUACUCUCAAAGCCGCCUGGACUCCUGCUGUGACACUGACAUCUUUCCUGCGCGAAGCCAAGAACCCGCACUCCGCAGGCUGGCCCGAGGCAGACCCGCUCCGGACCCGGUCCCUGUCCAGUAAUAAUCCGGAGUGGUUCCUGAGAAAGCGUGCCGUCAUUUUCAGCAAGCUAACCAAGCCAGAACCUGAGAGCACGGCACAGCCUGAGAGCACAGCACAGCCUGUGCUGGCGACGGAUCGGAACGAAUUUCCUCUUGGAGUCUUCCCUGUGCCUUAGCUGUCAAACCAGUGGCUCAUCUCACCCAGGAGAAUAUGGCUUCUGCGAAGAUGAGGUGGAUGUACAUUUCCCUUGUGGCCCUGGGAGCCCUCUGUUUGUAUUUCAGCAUGUACGACCUGUCGGUCUUCAGGGGCCAGCUGUUUGUUUUCAAGCGGGACGGCGGGAAGUUCCUCCAGCUCCCGGACGCCGACUGCCAGCAGGAGCCUCCCUUCCUCCUGCUGCUGGUGACCUCGUCGCCCGAGCAGGAGUUCGCGCGCCUGGCCAUCCGGAGCACGUGGGGCCGGGAGACGGUCGUGCGGGGAAGGCGGGUGAAAACACUGUUCCUCCUGGGGACCAGUGCCAGGAAGGACGUAGCGGAGGCGGUGGCCCGGGAGAGCAGGCAGCAUCGCGACGUCAUCCAGAAAGACUUCAUGGACGUGUACUUCAACUUGACCCUGAAGACCAUGAUGGGCAUCGAGUGGGUCCACCACUUCUGCCCGCAGGCGGCGUUCGUGAUGAAGACGGACUCUGACAUGUUCAUCAACGUCCACUACCUGACCGAGCUGCUGCUGAGGAAGAACAGGACGACCCGGUUCUUCACCGGCUACUUGAAGAUGCACGAGCACCCGAUCCGGCAGAGGCGCAGCAAGUGGUUCGUCAGCAGGUACGAGUACCCGUGGGACAGGUACCCGCCCUUCUGCUCCGGCACGGCCUACGUGUUCUCCGGCGACGUGGCGAGCCGGGUGUACAACGUUUCGGAGAGCAUCCCCUUCCUGAAGCUGGAAGACGUCUUCGUGGGGCUCUGCCUCAAGAAACUGGACAUCGGCCUGGAGGAGCUUCACUCGCGGCAGACCUUCUUCCCCGGCGGGCUGAGCUUUUCCACGUGCCGCUUCCGGAAGGUCGUGGCCUGCCACUUCGUCGGGCCCCAGAAGAUGCUGCUCUACUGGCGCGCUCUGGAGAGCUCCCGCGGGGAGGAGUGUCCGGCUGAGUGAGGGGGCCCGGCGGCGCGCCUGGACGCGCCUCUGACAGUCGGCGGUGGUGGUUCUCCAAAGAUCUUGGGAUGGCGUUGCUGCAGAUUGUCAGGGGACAGGA